AUGGCGACGUGCAGGUUUCUCGUUCGCCAAUGUGCUGCUCAGCUGCGCUCAUCAUCGCGACCUUUAAGUCAUUCGUUGCGCCAAUUCCCUAGAUGCAACCAUCUGCCUCGCAGUUAUGCUACUUCGGUGGCCGCCGCCGAACUCAAAUUUGGCCAGCCAUUGCAUGAGACGCACCCCCACAUCCUAAGCCCAGGCGAACUCACGCCCGGAAUCACCGCCCUUGAAUAUGCGCAACGUCGAUCUAAACUCGCCAACAAGCUCCCCAAAGGCGCAAUUGCAGUCCUGGCCGCCUCGGAGGUCAAGUACCGCGCGCAGGGAAUCUUCACUGAGUACCGCCAAGAUUCCAAUUUCUUUUACUUGACGGGAUUCAACGAACCGAACGCACUAGCAAUUAUCGGCAAUGACGGCUCCGGUGACAAUCAUAUCUUCCAUUUAUAUGUGCGGGAAAAGGACCCCAAGGCAGAACUCUGGGACGGGGCACGCUCCGGCACUCAAGCUGCCGUGGACGUCUUCAAUGCGGAUGAGACAGGAAAUAUCGAACGCAUUGGAGAUAUUCUCCCGAGCAUUGUGCAGGGAGCAACGGAAGUUUACUCGGACAUCCCCACAUUUGAUGGAUCACGAUCCUCUCUAAAUAGAUACCUGUAUGGGCCAACAGUUGCGUCAGAGAAGCUGAAGAAAGUUGUCGAUCACCGCCGGGUCAAGCCGUUGAAGCAUCUCCUCAAUGAAAUGAGGGUAUUCAAGAGCGAAAACGAGGUUGUGCAGAUGCGCCGAUUGGGACAAGCGUCAGGUAGAUCUUUCACCGAGGCUAUGCGACAGGAUUUUACCCGAGAGAAAGAUCUCUAUUCAUUCCUGGAGUAUCAAUUCAAGGUGAAUGGAUGUGAUACCAACGCAUUUGUCCCGGUCGUCGCUGGUGGCCAGAAUGCCCUGGCCAUUCACUACACUCGAAAUGACGACGUAUUGAAGGAUGGUGAUUUGGUUCUCGUUGAUGGCGGUGGUGAAUGGGGAAGCUAUAUCUCCGACAUUACUAGAACGUGGCCUGUCAAUGGCAAGUUCUCCGAUCCUCAGCGUGAUCUGUAUAAUGCUGUACUUAAGGUACACCGAACCUGUCUUUCCCUGUGCCGCGAGACCUCCAACCUCUCGUUAGACAAGCUGCAUGGUAUCGCCGAAAAUGGAUUAAAAGACGAGCUGAAGUCGCUUGGCUUUGAUGUUUCGGGCAAUGCAUUGAGCACUCUCUUCCCACACCAUUUGGGACACUAUGUCGGCCUUGAUGUGCACGACUGCCCUGGGUAUUCCAGAGGUUACGACCUGAAGGCAGGUCAAUGUAUAACAAUUGAACCGGGUAUCUAUGUUCCCAACGAUGAGCGAUGGCCCGCCCACUUCCGUGGGAUCGGAAUUCGCAUCGAGGAUAGUGUUUGCGUCGGAGAUGAACAUCCGAUCGUUUUGACCCCAGAAGCUGUCAAGGAGGUUGAGGACAUUGAGGCAUUACGUAGUUAG